UGUUUUAUAGCUCCGCUCUCCACUCGGCUAGCACAAACAUGAGGAUGUCGACACCUUGACACAGCAACUUUUUUUUAAACUUCUUUUUUUUUAACAAUCCGUCAGAGUUCACCACGAGAGUCACCAGCACAGCCCCACGGUGUCAGUCGGACCUGUAUGGCCCCAUCGUCGGUGUCGAUGUCAGUUUUGGCCGCCGCCGCGGGUUUAAAAAGUGAAGAUCUCCCCCCACGCUCGGCGCUCGUCACGAGAGGCGACAUGCAGACCAGCCUGAGCCCCACAGAGGACGCCGGGAAGCCCAAAGUGGCCAUCCUGCCCUUCAGCGUCGAGGCUCUGAUGGCUGAUCGCAAACCGAGCAGAGAGGCGUCUUCUUCCCCCGAUGGCCCCUCCGUGGCCGGGACGUCCCAGUCUCUGGGGAAGGGCGUUCGGAUGGGACCUUUUGGAGGUCUGGAUACUUCCGUGCCUGCUAUCCCGAUGGGCUCCUCUUUUUCAGUGGGCGAGUUCAUGAACAUGCAAGAGGACGUGUUGAUUAAACCAGAGAGUCCAGACAGCCAAGAGAGAACUUCCUGGAUCCAGAGUCCUCGUUUUUCUCCCACACCUCCACGGAGGCUGAGUCCUCCAGCGUGUCCUCUGAGGAAACACAAGACCAACAGGAAGCCUCGGACCCCUUUCACGACAUCCCAGCUGCUGGCCUUGGAGAGAAAGUUCCGUCAGAAGCAGUACCUGUCCAUCGCAGAGCGCGCAGAGUUCUCCAGUUCCCUAAGCUUGACAGAGACCCAGGUCAAGAUCUGGUUUCAGAACAGGAGAGCCAAAGCCAAACGACUACAGGAGGCAGAAUUAGAGAAACUGAAAAUGGCAGCUAAACCCAUGUUGCCUCCCGCCUUUGGGAUUUCCUUCCCUCUAAGCGCCCACGUCGCGGGGUCCUACGCGGGCUCGCACGCCUUCCAGAGGCACUCGCUGCCGGUGUCCCCCGUGGGACUAUACGCCGCCCACGUCGGAUACAGCAUGUACCACCUCACCUGAUGACGGACUCAAGAUCGUGGACGCUUAAAAAAAAAAUCAUUAUCAUGGGGUAAGACCCCUUGUUGAAGGAGUUUUUUUUCCUGCAGUUUUUCUUCUUUCGAGGACCCGAUGUCUGAUCUCGCCAUGAGUAAGUCCUACAAAAAGAUGUUUAAUCUUGUGCUCAUAGCGAUGCAUCAGAUUUUAUUUUUUUUAAACAAAAGACAACUACUCGUAAUAGGACACUCAAGUAUGGACGCAAAACACAAUUGUGUUGCAGUAUUGUCGGCCUGCUGCAAUAGUUUUGUGGAAGCAUUUUUUUUUCUAAACCGGAUAACAGUGUCAAUGCCUUUUGUAAAGAUGAAAAACAACAGCAUUUAAAAAAAACAGCACUAGUGUCUGUUGUUGGAAUGAUUCCCUUCGCAAGGGAUACGUGUACUGUAAAAUAAUGUAUAUUUGGAAAAGUAUCCUCAUUUAUAUUAUGAAUAUAUUUGUGACAUAACUUAAUAAAUUGUUUAUUCUUUUU